GUUGAGCGUUCUUGAAUUGAUCGAGAAAGCUUGAUCUUUGUGUUUAUGUUUCCAGUUGAUUUCGUAGGCACGCACAGAAACAGAUUUGACGGUAUUUCAAAUUUCCUGCUCCGCUUUCUUUUCGCUUUUAUGAGUCUGUAUUAACGCGCAUUACAUUUUGAGAAGCGGUGCGGACUGCUACAACUCAUCUUCGCGUUCAUUCUUAUUGGUAUUGGUCGACACUGAAAAAUAUCUUCCUGGUUCAGUUUUACUAGUGGAUGAGUUCUAGCGCGCAAUUCCACACCGCUGCUUUCCAAAGCAGACCAACGGCGGCCAGCGCUAAUGAACGAUCCGAUAUGUAUGUGACAGCGCUUGACGUUUUCAACAGACGUGCGUACUUUGACCCACAGAAAGAGAGCUUUACCGACGCGCAGCUUGGCAAUUUCGGUGCUGCCACACCGUUAACAUCGAAAAGGAACAGUAAAGUAGCGGAAAACUCUACACCAUCGGAGACGCAGCGCAACAGUGGUCAACCUGAGUCCUACAUUGAACCAAAUGAAUCGGCUGUUUGUAAACUGAAGCACUUUUCUUCCGCUGAAGCAUACAUGACGGCCAACUCAGUAAAAGAAGAUCUCAUGGACACCCUCGGUGAAAACAACUCAGCUCAGAUUUAUGUGCACAAGGAACUUCUGCAAGAAAAGCGGCGCUUGUUUUUUGAAACUCUUUUUACCCACUCCGACGACCUUCAUACGGCCCUGCCUUGCCGUUUUUCCAUAGACGACGUAGAUAAACUCUUUCAGGACGAUAGUCAGAUAAAAAGCGAUCCAUCGAAGCUUUACCGAAAUAGACUAAGGGCACUUGAUCGCCUUCGAGAAACGCUCGACAGCUAA